AAUGAAGUGGAGAGCUGUGUGGAUGGAUUUUAAAGUCACAUGACCGAAGUCAACGACUCAAACCUCCAUGGACGAAAACAGAGGUGUGGGCUACUUUUGUCACACGGAGGGAUCAGAGGCAUUGAGGGAGCGAACGGAGUUUUCAGAAGGACGGGGGGGCACCGACUCCUCGCCUAAAAAUGCCGAAUAAAGGGAAAAAAUAUAAGGAAUCUUCCAAGCCUGUGAAAUCAAGCAAACCUGGAUGCAAAAAUGGACAUUCCAACUCUGACCAUGAGGGUUCCAAUAAGAAGAGCGCGCAGCCGCCUAACACCCAGCUAAUGAGGGUGAAACCUGGCUCAAACUCAGCAGUCAAGAGGGAGCGGAGGCUGAGUGCGUCUGUCUUCCCCAUCAGCACCAAUAGGAAGCUGCAGACGCUGCCUGCUAUUAAAGACUGUGCUCCGGCAGAGCAGGAGAAGCUCUUUGUGCAGAAGCUGCGCCAGUGCUGCGUGCUCUUUGACUUCCUGUCAGACCCACUAAGUGACCUGAAAUGGAAGGAGGUGAAGCGGGCGGCGCUGAGCGAGAUGGUGGAGUACAUCACGCACAACCGGAAUGUCAUCACAGAGCCCAUCUACCCAGAGGUGGUGCACGUGUUUGCGGUGAACAUGUUCCGAACGUUGCCUCCGUCGUCCAACCCCACAGGAGCAGAGUUCGACCCCGAGGAGGACGAGCCUACACUUGAGGCUGCAUGGCCACAUCUCCAGCUCGUCUACGAAUUUUUCCUUCGGUUUUUAGAAUCUCCUGACUUUCAACCGAACAUAGCGAAGAAGUACAUCGACCAGAAGUUUGUGAUGCAGCUUUUAGACCUGUUUGACAGUGAAGACCCGCGGGAGAGGGACUUCCUCAAAACCACUCUCCACAGGAUAUAUGGGAAGUUCCUGGGACUACGGGCCUACAUCAGAAAACACAUCAAUAAUAUAUUUUAUAGGUUUAUCUAUGAGACUGAGCACCAUAAUGGAAUAGCAGAAUUACUGGAGAUACUUGGAAGUAUAAUCAAUGGGUUUGCCUUACCACUAAAAGAAGAGCACAAGAUAUUCCUUUUAAAGGUCCUGUUGCCUUUGCACAAAGUCAAAUCACUUAGUGUCUACCAUCCGCAGUUGGCAUACUGUGUGGUGCAGUUUCUAGAGAAGGACAGCACUCUCACUGAACCAGUGGUCAUGGCCCUUCUGAAAUACUGGCCCAAGACUCACUCCCCCAAAGAGGUGAUGUUCCUUAACGAGCUGGAGGAGAUUCUAGACGUCAUCGAGCCAUCCGAGUUCGUCAAGGUCAUGGAGCCACUGUUCAGGCAGCUGGCCAAGUGUGUGUCCAGCCCACACUUCCAGGUAGCAGAGAGAGCUCUGUACUACUGGAACAACGAGUACAUCAUGAGUCUGAUCAGCGACAACGCAGCCAAAAUCCUGCCCAUCAUGUUCCCGGCGCUCUACCGCAACUCCAAGACCCACUGGAACAAGACCAUCCAUGGCCUAAUCUACAACGCUCUCAAGCUCUUCAUGGAGAUGAACCAGAAGUUGUUUGAUGACUGCACACAGCAGUUCAGAGCAGAGAAAAACAAAGAGAAGGCUAAGUCAAAAGACCGGGAAGAGGCUUGGAUCAAGAUUGAGAACCUUGCCAAAUCCAACCCACAGGUAGUCUUCUAGGGUGGAUGUUGAACAGUCCUAGUAUAAGUUACGAACGAGAGACCAGAGGAAAGACCGGCCUAUGAUGCGGCGUAAGUCUGAUCUCCCUCAGGACAUCUACACCGCAAAAGCCUUGGAGACCCGUCGCCGAGCCGACGUCAUGAUCACUACCCGCGAUGGGCUCUAGGUCUGCCCCUCUCUCUCUAGUUUCCAGUCCCAUCUUCUCUCUUUCCUCUAGUGUCCAGUCCCCUCUUCUCUCCACCCUCAUCCACACAGCACAUUCAGAUUACUGGCCCAGUUUCCUCAUCGUCGCCAGUACACCCCCCCCCCCCCCCUGGAUUUCUGCUUUCUCAGGUGUUUCUUUUUGGGAGGGGUGGGGCCGCAACUUUCUUUUUUAGUCUUGCCAUCAAUUUUUUUUGCUUAAUCGUGCAUAACAGUAUCAGCUCAUCCCUCCAGGCUCUUACUGUACAAAUGAAAAUGGGGAAGUUCCGUUCCACUAGCAACAUGACAAGCUCCUAUGUUCCCCCAUUGAGCGCAGUUGGUAGAGAGCAGAAACAGAAUGAGGGAGGCUCCUCUCGUUUCCUGUUAAGGGGAAACUAAACUAAGAACAGCCAUUGUUGGAUGGUGGGGGGUGACUGGAUCGACUUUUCGGAAGUUUUGUUUGUUCUCUAGUUUAUGUUUUGUUUUUGUAAUCCCAGGGACAUUUGCCAGUGCCAAGACUGUUUGUUCUUUCUGUGUCUGUUUUUCUGUGUGAGACAAACCAGGAUGACUAUCUAGGUAGACAGCCUGUGUCGUUUGCCUUCGUUUUUUUGGAGCCUUAGAUGAUUCAAAUGUUGUUUUUUAAUGUUUUUUUAAUAAGCUGAAGAGCAACAGGACUUUCUGAAGUGACUGAUCCAUCUGUUCUGAUGAAGUCACUUUAUGACUAGGAUGGAGGGCAGGACGGGAGGUUCUCUGUGGACACUGGACUCUUUACACCCUACACUUUGUGCCAUGCACAUUCUUUCGUUGGAUUGAUUUCCCUUCUGUUGAAGUCCAUUGGCAAUAUGUGAGCCAGAUCACAAUGAAAUAUUGACAGUUCAAACAAUGGUACUUAUUUCAUACGGAGAAACACAUUGGGUGGUUGUUAGUCUGCACCCAGUUUGUCAUAUUCAAAAGCCCUUUUUAGACAUGUCAGUCUCCUUAAUUCAUACAUAAUGCAUGUCCCCACUUCUUACUGCUAUUGGGAGGCUUCAUUUAACUCUCAAUGGCCAGCUAGGAAGUGUUUGGUUUGACACAGAGUCCAUCAAGACACCUGUAGCCACACACACUGUAAUGCUACGUUAUGCAGAACAUUCCACAAACGUUCCAACUGAAAUGACAUUAUGACACUUUAUCUGGGGGUGUCAGUUUGAGGAAGGCGAGGUGCAGAAUUACUCAUCUCGAUCACAUAAUACGUUAUUUGGGAUGUAGGGUGACGUUGUAGAACUGUGAUUCUGCACAGCCCGACUGUAAUGAAGUCCUUCUCAAAAGCACACCUUGUCCUCAGAUGCAGGCUUUUCAGAAGCCCUGGCGCUGCUUGCUAGUCAAGCAUGUUCCAGAAGUACACAUGGUAUCACAUGCCCUGAAGCCCCCCCCCCCCCCCCACAGCGUUCUCACGUUUCCCUGUGUUGGUUUUUACCAGUGCCCUCCUACCCAGAGGUGCUUUGCUGUGGAGCUGAAAGGACUGUUACUUGUCUUGUUGUGAAGUACUGAACAAAUGGGGAUCAGAGAGCUGUUUAUCGAAUGGCGGAAUGCUACACGAUGAGAACAGCAACACUGUUUGGAUGACAACCGUUUCAUGUGACAGUUGAAUGAGCAGAGGAAGAGGCUAUUUCAAACCUGAAUACCUCUUUGGAUGAUAUCUGUAACCGUUAAGAAUAAGUCUAUUGAAAAAGCACUUCCUGAAACUUGAAAGAUGUGACAUGUUUGUGUAUCUUCAAUGAAGCGCUCUUCAGUGUCCCGUUGAGUCUAUAUGUACAGUCUGUUCUGCUUCCUCAAGUUCAGGAAGCUGUCCAUUUCCUGGACUGGACAAGGAAACGACCCAUAAGUAAGCAUUUCAGUGUUAGUCCGCGCCUGUUGUUUACGAAGCAUGUGACGAAUACAAUUUAAUUUGAUUGGGGCCCCAUUGUAAAUGUUGGUCUUUCUCUGGUACCAUUGUUUGAACUUGCAAAUCUAGUAUGUGUAUCCAAUCUGUAUUGUCUUUUCUGUUUCUAGUCUCUGGCAACUGGUAGCCUGGAUGCUCGUUUUAGCAUUGUAGCUGCCAAUGGAAAAGGCCAAUGUUGAACGACUGACAUCCAGGCUUGGCUUGGUAACUACAUUAUUAAUACUUAAAUGCAAAAAGGUGUUCAUUUAUCUUUUGUCCUGGACGAAUGGCACUCGCCGAAACAAUUUGACCCCCCCCCCCCCCCCCCCCCCCACAAAAAAAAGAAAUCUUCACUUUUAUAUAACAGUAUCAUUUGGAAAGAUGUUUGAUCAGUUUGCUUUUUAUCUGUGUUCAAACUGUUGUUUUUUUUAAGACACAUCAAUUACUCGUAUGACAAGUUAGACAACAAAUGAUUUGGAUUGUUUUCCGGAAUUGUUUGCUUGGCCUCUGCAGGUUUUUAGUUAGAACAUGUACUUUCCAGAAUAUAAUAACUUGACAAGUGUCCUUUUGUCUGUGAUCUGUACUAUGUGGCUUCAUUUAAUAUUGUACAUAUGAUUUACUUUGUUUUAUGUAGUGUUAUAUCUAGAUUAAUUUUGUAUAAAAUUGUCCUCUGUACAGAAUAAAACAUCAAUAGCAAUGACAAAGAAGUCAAUGUGGCACAUAACUUCUCUCUCCCCUGUAACUUUCUGCAUUAUUAGAAAUAACACAUCUAAUAUUUUCUUUAAUUCCCUCUUCCCAAUUAUCUGUGACCAGAUUUCAGUCCGUAGCCUUUUGUGUGCUUUUAUCACAAUCUCAAGUGGUGUUCAUCUGUAAUAGAAUGAAUAAAGAGAAUAUUUGAAUUUUAUAUUUUCAACCAUA